AUGAGGCAGAAGAGAGAGAAGAGGCCUGAGGCCCAGGGUGGACACCAGCCAGCCAUGGCCACAGCUGAGACUGCCUUACCCUCCAUCAGUACGCUGACCACCCUGGGCCAGUUCCUGGACCCCCAAGAGGACUUCCUCAAGUGGUGGCGCCCUGACGAGACACAGGAUUUGGGCCCGGGUCCCCCGGAUCUCAUGGGGCCAUCCCUUCACGUGAGUGUGAAAUCGCAGGCCCCUCCCGGACAGGACGAGGACGAUGAGAGGGAUGUGACCUGUGCCUGGGAUCCGGAUCUUUUCCUUACCAACUUCCCAGGUCCCGAGCCGCCAGCCACUCCCCGGACCUGUGCUCUGGCGCCCAGCGGGGGCCCGGUGGCACAGUACGCGCCGCCCGAGGCUCUGGGCGUCUAUGCUGGUGGCCCAGGGUUGGUGGCCGGGUCUUUAGGCUCCGAAGAGCACUCGGGCUGGGCGCACUCCGCCCCGCGAACCCCAGUCCCUGAGCCCUUCGUGGCCCCUGACCUGGCCCCGGGAUCCGCGCCCAAGGUGCAGCCAGCGUUCUCCGAUUCGCGAGCGGGCUCCGCAAGCGGGUUCUUCCCGCGGGCUGGGCUCGCGGUGCCCGCGGCCCCCAGCGCCCCCUAUGGGCUGCUGUCAGGGUACCCCACCCUGUACCCCGCGCCACAGUACCAAGGGCAUUUUCAGCUCUUUCGCGGGCUCACGGUGCCGUCUGCUGGCCCCGCCGCGCCCCCUUCCUUCCUGAAUUGUCUGGGACCCGGUGAGGUGGGCACAGAACUGGGGGCCUCAGCGCUCGCGGGAGACGCAGGCUUGUCCCCGGGAGCCGCACCGCCCAAGCGCAGCCGGCGAGUUUUGGCACGAAAGAGGCAAGCGGCACACACCUGCGGGCACCCGGGCUGCGGAAAGAGCUACACCAAGAGCUCGCAUCUGAAGGCGCACCUGCGCACGCACACAGGAGAGAAACCUUAUGCCUGCUCCUGGGAUGGCUGCGGCUGGAGGUUCGCUCGCUCUGACGAGCUGACGCGCCACUACCGGAAGCACACUGGCCAGCGACCCUUCUGCUGCGGACUCUGCCCACGUGCUUUUUCGCGCUCUGACCACCUAGCUUUGCACAUGAAGCGCCACCUCUAA